AUGGAUACUGAAUCGAAUGUUAAACUAAGCAACAUCAGCUUCAAGAACAUUCAUGGUACGGUUGCGCUUCCAGAAGUUGUCAAACUCGUUUGCAGUGGUAUUUUUCCAUGCGAAAAUGUAGAACUUGUCGACAUUGACAUUACGUUUAGUGGACCGGAUGGACCAGCAAAAUCCAAAUUUGCUUACUUGAAUACAGAUUUGAGUAAGCCAUUGUUGGAUGCUUGGAAAGAAGCUUGUGGUUCAACAACUCCAACAAUAAUUUUGAUUCCUGAAGGGACAUAUUUGUUAAGUCAAGCAACGCUAGAAGGUCCUUGCAAGGCUCCUACUGAGCUUCAACUUGAGGGCAAUGUAAAAGCACCACCUGAUCCUAAAGCUUUCAAGGAGCCUAAAAGGGUUAGCUUCCUUCAUAUUGAAAACUUCAAAUUGUUCAGUGGAGGAGCUUUCGAUAGACAAGGAACCACUUCUUAUAAGAGAGAAGGUUGCGAAAAAUACGACUUCUGUAGUAACCUCCCCAUCAUAAGGCUUCUUACCUUUCGCAAGAAUUUGAUAUUUUUCUUAGUAGUUAUAACUAAUACAUAUUUUUUCUCGUGA